CCACACACCUCUUUCUAGCUCCCCCCUCACUACUACCUCCCUCUCACUUUUAUUUCAUUCAUACCAAUUUUUUUUUUUCAAAUUUCAAAAAAAAAUAUGAUGAAACUCAUCCCAUCUUUCCUCUCCAAACCCUCCGAACCAACCCCGCCGCAGCCUCCCCGAGCGGACCCCGCCCCCGCCACCGCCACCGUUGACGAUGACAACGAUCACCUGCAGUGCUUCGCUUCUCUUGAAGACGACGAGUGUGUCGAGAAGGUCAUCAGAGGGGUAAAAUCGUCCGGGCGUCUUUUUUUCGAGCCCGGGCAAUCCCUCAUCAGCUUCCAGAAACCGGCGACGACGGACGGCCCGUUCGUCGUCGAGGAGAGCGAGGCGUUGUCGCUCGACUCGACGGACCCGUUUUCCGACUUCAAGAGAUCAAUGGAGGAGAUGGUGGCUGCCCACCACCACCACCACCACCAUCAAGAUGAUCAAAAGCAUGCUGUUGCUAGCCAUUCUUUUACAUCUCCAUUAUCAUUUUGUUCUUCAAAUGGCUCUGCAAUCAGUCCAUGUUUGUCCUCUUCUGCACAGGAAGCUGAAGAUGAGGUUCAAAGUUCGGCAGGCACUGUUUGAAACACUAAGGGGAUGUGGAUUUUUUUGUUGUUGCUAUCUUAUGGAUCAUGCUUUUUUUUGUGGUUAUAAAUGAUUUUAAGUGUUAGGGUUAGGGCUCUUAAUGUAAAAAAAAAUGUUAUUAACACAAAAAUGGGGGCUAGAUUUUAACCAUUUAGCAUUGUGGUUCUCAUAUUUUGUUAGUGUUUUCCGAUGAUUAUAAAUUAAUCAAAACUACUUAUAAGU